UCACGUGAGCAGGUGUUUCUCAUGCCAUGGCUUCCCCCGUAGCUCUAAUUCAAGGUGCCAGCAGAGGUUUGGGGCUUGAAUUUUGCAAACAUGUAUUAAAGAAUAAAAGCCUCGCCUCGGUCAUAGCAACGUGUCGAAACCCAGAUGGAGCGGCAGAGCUGCGGGGCCUCGCCGAACAACACCGAAGCAGAGUCACGAUCCUCAAGCUGGACGUGAACCGGGAGGAGGACGUCCGCGGAGCAGCCGAGCGCGUGAAGGAGAACUUCGGCCGCGUGGAUCUGCUGGUGAACGCCGCGGCGAUGCUUCAUCCUAGCGGGAAAGGAGAAACUAGUCUGAGGGAUGUUUCUGCGCAGGGCAUCAUAACCACCUUGACCACCAACACAGUGGGCCCCCUGAUAAUGGCCAAAUAUUUUACCCCUCUCCUUCAGAAGGGCGGCGGUGCUUUUGGUCAGCAGCCUGCAGAGAAAGCGAAGCAGCACAGCGGCAUCAUCGUCAACAUCACGGCCAAAGUCGGAUCCAUUGGAGACAACGGACUUGGUGGUUGGUACAGCUACAGAAUGUCUAAAGCAGCUCUCAACAUGGCCACAAGGAAUUUAUCCAUAGAGCUGGGGCGCAGUAGACCUAAGGUGGUUUGUGUUUCCUUACACCCAGGAACAGUCAACACGGACCUUUCCCGGCCGUAUCACAAGAACGUGCCAAAUGACAAGCUGUUCAGUGCUGAACACUCUGUGAACUGUCUGAUGGCCAUCAUUAAUUCACUAAGCAUAGAAAAGACAGGAAAGGCAUACAACUGGGACGGAGCCGAGCUUCCUUGGUAGAAUCAUAAAGUGGGAUCAAAGAUGUGACUUCACCCCAGUGUGCCGAUUCUCUGAGCAGAUAAUGCUGAGAUAGGCAGGGAUUUUACUAUUGACACAACUACUACAAGUGCUUUACUGGAGGUUUUUGAAAGAAUAAUUAUCAGGUCACCAUCUCUACCUCUACACCAAAGUCAGUUCAGUCAAAAUUACUGUGAUCGUCAACAUUAAGGUCAACCUCUAAGAUAUAGGAACUCCAUAGGUUACUUGUGCUUCCAUUGUCAGCUAUAAACUGUUUUGGCACGAUGAACAAAUAUCCAGAAACUUUCAGAGAUCAAGAUCUCAAACCUAAACUGUUCAGAAAAGUCAAGAUCUAAACAAUUUAAGGCAAUUUCUGCAUAUUCUAGAACAAUUGUUCUUAAAUUGUGAUACAAAAACUAAUGGUAUUUUUGGUGCGUUAAGUGGAAAAAUUGGUGUAAUUUACAAUACAAAAUCAUGAUGGACAGAUUUUUUAUUUA